AACGGUGCGCAGAUGUAUUUUGGAGUAGCGUAAUAUAGUAUGUUAUGUAAAUUAUUAUUCCGUUAUUUGAGAUAAAGUAUUUGUCAUUAGUCUCAUUCUGGAAAGGAAAAUGUCGAUGUCAACAUUUCAAAAGGUUACGCUUGUAUCGUGCCUAGUGCUCUGCGUUGCUCUCCUCCUUCCUAAAAUGCUUCUGUCGCGAGGCAAAAAUGACAAACAAUCGGAGGGUGGAUCUGGGCAUUUCCCACCUAUGGCACGAAGACAGCUGGCACCUGAAGCCCCAAGAGCGAGCGGGGCGCAAUUUUCUCGAGCGCACAACCCCGAGGCUAUUGCCCGUGCCAAGGGUGGAGGAGCAGGGGCCGCACCUGGUGGUAAAUCUAGUCUCGCUGGACAGAUUAUCCCCAUCUAUGGAUUCGGGAUUCUUCUCUACAUUCUUUACAUCCUCUUUAAGAUAACAUCAAAAGGGAAAACUUCCAAACCCCCUCAAAGUAGAUUGUCUACUUUGAGAUCAGAGAAUAUGAAGAGAAAAAUCACUGACUUUGAGCUGACCCAGCUCCAGGAGAAACUGGAAGAGACAGAGGAUGUGAUGGAAAGGAUCGUUUCCAAGGCAAGCCACAGUCCAGAAAGAACGCUGAAAGGAGUUAGCUCAGAUCAGGAGGAGAGGCUGCUGCUUCAGCUUAAGGAAAUCACCCAUAUGAUGAACAAGGGCAGUCUACUGGAGGGUAUUAUGCCUGAGAAUAAAGCAGAGAGACCAUGCUCCCAACACCAGGAAGAGUAUCCAGAGGAUCCAUACCCCAAGUCGGAGGGUGGGUGCUGCCAUCAUGGUCACCAUGGCUACCAGGACAUGAAAGAUGAGUGGACAGAGAUGCCAGAGGAUGGGGAGACAACUAACCCAAUGGAGGAGAACGAGGCACAGAGUACAGGUGGAGUUGAAGACAUCUAUCCUGGGGAAACUGAAGACGCCAUAUAUGGUGCUACUGACACUGAUGACAUGCUUAGGGAGAACAUGGGAGAUGAGGAGGAUUAUGCUGUAGACGGGGAGGCAGAGAGGGAAGAGCUGAUGGAAGAUGAAGAAUUUCAUGUAGAGGACCAGGUGCUGGAGAUCCAGCAUGACAUGAAGGACGAGGACUGCUCAGUCUGGACGUCAGUCCUCUCAGAAUAUGACUCUGCCCAGCUCAGAAAGAGGAGCAAGAAGUGACCAAUCUGUUUCUUUUUUUUUUUUGACGGACUUUGAUGCAUUAUCAAUAUACCUUUAGAGCUUUCCCCAUUCACUGUCCCUUCGUAGUCUUCAGUCACAAACUCUGGCAUGCUUGUGAAGAUCUAGGACAGAAUGUAGCAUUUCUUCAUUCUAACAUCAAGGCUACAUCAGGUGCACAAUUGAAGUGCUCUAUUUGUGGAGUGUAAAAAUAAUUUUAGAGGACUGUUCCCUUUUCUUUGUUUCUCAAAUGUACCCACCAAAGAUUUCAGAGUGGAGUUAGAAUAUUUGGCACGCGCUGCUAUCACGCCUGGUGUAGCCAGUUCCAUUGAUUAUAGUGGAAGCUGAACUGUUGCACUUCAGUGCUUCAGUUACUGUAUGUGCCUGGUGUAGCCUGCUUGCAAGGUGUAUGCCCUUGUUUUUGUGGGAAUAUCAAGUUUUAAACUGUUUCUUUUUUUGUCAUGGUUGCGGUUUUAAUUUAUUAUGUUGCCCUGAAAUGUUGAAUUAUUAUUGAAUUUGUUGCCCUGUAUGAAUUAUUGUUGUUUAUGAACAUAUCGUUUUAAAAAGGGACAUUAUCUCAGGGCUUGUUUAAUGUUUCCUAAAGUCAUUCCUCAACAGUUAUUUUCUUUCUGUAUUCCUAAAAAGGUUGUGAUAUUGAAAACUUUAAAAACUUUUGAAAACCACUCAUGCACACAGAAUUCUUACUUAACAAAUACCUCAUCAGUUACUGUGCAUGUCAUAUUUUUAAUCACAUCUUUGUGUUUUUCUUAAGUUUGCAUGUAAUAUGAUGAAUAUUGUUUUUUUUUUAAUUAUUAUUAUUGAACAGAUCACCCCAUACAUGAAGUAUUGAUAUGCAAAACACAUUUACAUGUGUUUCCAUAGCGCACACUGAAUUCUA